CGUCCAUCGUUUUCGGCACUCCCUUCGAAUUGAUCCCGGGUGUGCUUCACAAACCUCAACGCGGUGUGCUUUCCAAUCGAGGUCCUUCCGUCCUGUCGUGUUUCCCAUCAUUUUUUUGUUUGGUUUUUUUCUGUUGCUGCCGUUCAUUGUUGGUUCAAUCUCGUUCGUUUGCAUUUCCUUUCGUGCAAACCCGAACCCACCGUGCUGUGCGGUGCGAAUUUACAUACCCGAUUCGACUGGGAACCCGGUUUGCGGUCGUUUCGGGGUUUCGAUUGUGCGGUGUUUCGCUUAAAAAAGGCAUCAUGUCGAGCGCUCGCUGCUUAAACUGGUCCCGACCGCCGCCGGGAAGGCAUCCAGCUCCCGUGCUCCGGAAGCAGCUGUCCUGCGUCGAUCGGCCCGUCUCCUCACCCUCACCCCUCGCAGCACCCAGCGCUGGACGCUCCCAAUCGGUAACUAGUGCGGCGGCCGACACCGACUACUGUCACUUUCUCGUCACCGGUGCGAUCAUUCACUCGAACCGUUUGCAAACCUAUCACACCUACAAUCAGGCCCACCGUGGUGCGAGCGCUUCCCUGGUACGAACGCGGCCCUCACCACACGUGGAAGCGUCCGACGGUGCCCGACAGCAGCAACAUCGCCGUCCGUCCAGUGCCAGUGCCAGCAGCGCUGGUGGUGGUGGUCUAUCCGGUACGCCCGCCGGUGACGAGGAGCGUACGACGGUUGGCAGGGCUGGCCGGAGGGCGAUCUUGUGCAAGCAGCUGUCGCUGGAUAGGAGCAUUCUGGUAGCGUCCUCGAUCGCGUCCGGCAUGGCGACGGUUGCAUCCGGUGGCACCAUCCCACUGUCCGGGGUCGGGGGUGACCGGGACGAUCUGACGGGCGACGGGUGGGCCUUCGCUCGGAAACAGCAGCAGCAGCAGCAGCAGCAACAACGGCAGGAGCAUCGAACUGGAGCUGGAACCAGAAAUGACACGGACGCGAAGAAGGGUCUCAAAUCGACCAAAGACUCACGCAUCAACAUUAAGAUCUUCCUCGGUCAAACCGUCCAGCAGGAUUCGUCCGACACCGGCAUAAGCGAUACGGAGGGUGCAACGCCCACGGUCGCCAUCGCGGCACUACAGCAGCAGCAGCAAGGAAACCGUCCGAUCGCGCCCUCCCCAAAACAGGAACCAUCCAGCCCGAGUAUGGUGUCCACCGACACACCGCCAGGCGCUGGGAAGUGUAAACCCACCAACGGAACUACAGCUGGCAACGGUGCACCAAAUGCGGCCUCAACCGGUACGGGAGCGUCCAAUGCAAACACUGGCACCGGCACCGGUUCUGGUGGGCGCAGCUCAUCACUAGCGCAGCGCCGGGCCCAGUUCCAGGCGAACCGGCAAAACUCGGAAGCGCACGAUCGACGCCAUCCGCCGCUGGUGCGGGCUAUGUCCGCACCGAUCCGUCCGGCCGAUACCGAUGCAUCCAAGUUUCUGCAGGGCAAAAAGAAACCCCGUCGCAGAAAAGUGUUAAGAGAAAAGGACGAAUAUAACAUCUGCGAGGAGGAUGAGUUUAGUGAUGAAGGAGGAGCUGGAACAACACAGCCGACCACGGGACCGAACGGUCGCCAGGUACCGUGCUGCAUCUUGCCAAUGCGCUCCCGCUCCGUACUAGGCGGCCAGUGCGACAUUGAAACGCUCGUAUCGCUGCUCAGCUCCGGUGGCAGCGACUCCGAAAAGGAGCAAGACGCCGCCCAACCUUCCCCGGGGCAGCAGUCACCUACGGUUCCGCACGGUACGCCAGCGGCCAACUUUCGGGCACAGUUUGCUGCCGCCCAUCUGCAGGCUAAGGGUCCACGCGCUCCAAUGCUCAAGAAGGCCGGCAAAUCGGUGUCGUUUCAGGAGAGCGACCUCAAACCGGUGGUCGCCACGGCCGGGCUGAAUCGGGACUACCGGAAGCCCUCGUUUCAGCCGUCGACGGUGGCCAGUAGAAUACGCCGCACCCAGCAGCUCGUCAGCACGCUCAAUGCCUUCCAGCUGAACAAGGAUCGAAGUGCCGGGAAAGAUACAACCGACAAGCAGCACACCGAUACUGCCGACAACAGUGAUAGCGAUCAGCUGGACGAUUGCGCCACACCCACGGCCGAAGCAACCCCGAUAUCGGCCACCAACGUGGGCAGCUCCAAAGCUCCGGACACUGCCAAAACGACCAACGGUGCAGCGGCAACGAACGCUUCGGCAACGAAUGGCGAUCUGCAAACGCCCAAAGAGCAGGAAUGCUACCGUCUGUUUCUCAAGAUGUCCAAGAAGGGGCUGGCCGUGUCGUACGAUACCAUCCUGCGCGGCAUGCUGACACCGACCGAGCUGCGCGUACUGCAGAAGAAGCAAAGCCGUCAGCAGAGCACCGCCAAUGGCACCGGAAGUGGAACCGGUGGCGAAAGCUCGCCCGAAAAUGGACCACCACCGGUGAGCAUCGAGGAGUUUCAGUUUCAGCCGACCGGUGUGGAGCAUGGGACCAUACCGGAGGAACCACCGCUGACGGAAGCUCAGGACACGGAGCACACGGAGCUCCAGGAGCAGAAGGCGACCGAGCAAAAUGCGUUCUAGGAAUGUGUGUGCGUGUGUUAAGUUGUGUUUUUGGAUAACAAUUUCCAACUUGUUUCAACCUGUGACGUGUGGCGUGACGAAGAGGACCUGUGAUAAGGAAAGUGUGUGGAAAAACAAACCUGGAAUAUGCCCCUGUGAGGUGGAAUUUGGUGUCAAAUUGCGUUAUUUGCGUUGUUUUAACGUGGCGUUACGUGAGUCUUGAGUGUGUCUUCGUUCAAGAGCUGUUUCUAUUGUUUCUUUCGUUAAAUGCUGGCCAGAGUUUAAAUGUUACCCGUUUGUUCGCUUAUCCUUAGCCGAACGAGUCUUAGUGAUCGUCUAGAUAGUGCAUAUAUGUGUGUUUGAGAGAGAGUGUUUUGUUGUCCUUAAAGACGCAAUUGAUGAUGCUCGUCUUACGAAACAAUGUGUCUUAAGCGUUUGAAUCAAGUUGGAUCACACUAGAGAACCUUGCGCACGAAAUAAAAAGCACCAUCGGAGUCACAGUUAGGAAGACUCUCUCGCGUCUGCGAGUGA